AGUUUAACUCUCAUGCACUCUAAAUCAGGUGUAAUUCAGUUCGUUUUGUGACGGUUUAUGUACCACAGCUACAGACAAGGAACCUUACAUUUGUGAUUUUUGUAAAGAAAACAUAAACUAUCUAAGACGUUAUCACAAUGAAACUAAAUUGCUCUUCUGGUUGCUGCAGCACAGGCUUUAAGAGGAUUCAGCAGUUCUUUAUAGACAAUAUUGGGGAAUUGAAGAUGCUUCUAUGGUUUACUGGCCCUCUGACUUUGAUCAGUGUAUUGGACUAUACACCAUACGUCAUAACGGCUAUAUUUUGUGGACAUCUAGGAAAGGUUGAACUAGAUUCCAUCACGCUUGCUCAUGCUAUUGCUGCAGUGACAGGACAGUCUGUUGGGCUUGGAUUAACAUCAGCAUGUGACACUCUAAUCUCCCAGAUCUAUGGAGGAAAAAACCUCAAGCUCAUUGGAGUAGUCAUUCAACGUGGGAUCCUUAUCCUGUUUCUUUCAUGCUUCCCAUGUUGGGCAAUAUAUAUUAACACUCAGAAUAUUCUGCUACUUUGUGGACAAGAGCCAAGAGUCGCAAGGUUGGCGGAAUGGUGCGUUAUAGUGCUUAUCCCAGCUCUUCCUGCAGUAAUUUUUUAUCAACUUCAGAUACGUUUCCUACAAAAUCAGGGAAUUAUUUGGCCUCAAAUUUUUGUAAGUCUUAUUGGAAACAUUGUUAAUAUCAUCCUGAAUUACAUUUUUCUGUUCGUAAUCAAAACUGGAGUGAUAGGAGCAGCAGUGACUAUGACAAUUACUUAUGUAGCAGAUAUGAUAUUCAUGUACCUCUAUAUCUGGCUGAGAAAAAUCCAUGUGGAGUCAUGGUCAGGUUGGUCUACUGAGUGUUUGAGGGACUGGGGGUCCUUUCUCUCUCUUGGAAUUCCAAGUAUGGUGAUAAUGUGUAUGGAAUGGUGGUCUUUUGAAAUAGCAAUAUUUUUAACAGGGCUCAUUAACCUGGUGGAACUUGGAGCACAGUCAGUUGUGUACCAGCUGAUGGUUGUAUUUCUGAGGAUUGCAAAUGCAAUUGGCACAGCUACCAGCAUUAGAGUUGGUAAUUUCUUAGGUGCUGGUGAGACUGAUCAAGCUAAGAUGUCUGCAAAACUGAGCUUUCUAAUUACAGGUAUCACUAUAUGUAUAAAUGUCAGCCUACUACUUGGCCUAAGGAGACCCUUUGCUUGUUUGUUUACCACUGACAUAGUGAUACAAACCCUGGUGAUUCAGGUGAUACCCAUAGGAGUCUUGCAUCACGUCGCAACAGCAGGAAGUUACGUUUUUUGUGGAGUUCUCAGAGGAAUUGGCAAACCAGAAAUUGGAGCUUUAGCAACUGUCUUGGGAUAUUGUUUAAUCACUUUCCCUAUUGGAGCACCUCUUAUGUUUGUAGCGAAACUUGGAAUAAAAGGUUUUUGGAUUGGAGUAUCAGUUUGUUGUGUUUGCAUUAAUAUUUUCUUGUUCAUACAUUUCUGGAGGAUAAAUUGGCAGGAUAUGACUGACAAGGCUCAGGAGCGAGCAGGGUUAAAACCGAAGAAUAAGCCUUCCUCUAUCCUUAGUGCCAGUAUAGAUACAGCAGAUACAGUGGAGCAAAAAAAUUAUGCAUCGAUAAACUCUACCAAUAGUGAGACAGAACCACAUGAAAGACAAUCUUUUGCACUACUUAAAGUGAAGGAUGAACAGUCUCUGAAGAAGAUAAUUAUCCAACGUGUUCUGACAACACUCGCUAUGAUCUCUAUUUUCCUUAUUGGGCUUAUUAUUAGGUUAACCGUGAAUCUGCAUUAGCUUCUGUAUCAGAAAUAACAGAACUGAACAAUGUAUAAUGUUAACGUUGCUUAUUAAUCACAUGCUACUUUACAGGCAGUAUUAUAGUAUUGCUAAUGCUAGACCAGCUUUGAACAUACAGGGACUUUGUACACUUAUAGUGCAGAUAGGUAAAAUAAAAUAGCUUUCUUAUUUAUCAUUUUAUACAUGAUCAUUGUUAGUUCAGUACUAAAUACUAAUUUGUCAAUUUUAAUCCCCAUUCCCAGAUUACAUUUGCAUCAAUCAACUUGAGGUUUAACUUUUACUUUCUAGCAAUAUAUAUGGAUGUUUAGUUAUAGGUUAUAAAAAAGUUGUAUGCAGGUAUUCUUUAUUCACUAUAAACCUGUACAGGGUAACAACAGGGAUCUUGUAUAAAUUGUAUCUAGAUCCGCAAUACUAAUGCAUUUAGACAAAUUUGCAUUAUUUUUUUUUUUAGAUAGAUCACAGCUGACCUGUUCUUAUUGAAAUAAUCCUAAACAUAUUUUUCAUGGCGUGUAUCUAGGCUUGGUAAAGAUUGUGCUAAAGAAUUGCUCUUUUUAAGUCUGAUUAGGCAGAUGUGUAUGUUUUUAUUUCAUUUAAUGUAUUAGCUGGUCCCGCAAGUGAAGAAAAUUCAAUGUGUUUUCUUUCGUGAUUCAGAUAGAGCAUGCAAUUUUAAGCAACUUUCUAAUUUACUCCUAUUAUCAAUUGUUCGUUGUUCUCUUGCUAUCUUCAUUUGAAAAAUAAGGCAUCUAAGCUUUUUUUUGGUUAAGACUCAACAGCACUUUUUUAUUGGUGGAUGAAUUUAUCCACCAAUCAGCAAGGACAACCCAGGUUGUUCACCAAAAAUGGGCCGGCAUCUAAACUUACAUUCUUGCAUUUCAAAUAAAGAUACCAAGAGAAUGAAUACAAUUUGAUAAUAGGAGUAAAUUAGAAAGUUGCUUAAAAUGUCAUGCUCUAUCUGAAUCACAAAAGAAAAAAAUUGGGUUCAGUGUCCCUUUAACCCCUUAACGACCGAGGACGUGCAGGGUACGUCCUCAAAAAAAAUACCCUUAACGACCAAGGACGUACCCUGCCAUCCUCGGUCUGGAAAGCAGCUGGAAGCGAUCCUGCUCGCUUCCAGCUGCUUUCCGGUUAUUGCAGUGAUGCCUCGAUAUCGAGGCAUCCUGCAAUAACCUUUUUAAGCCAUCCGGUGCAGAGAGAGCCACUCUGUGGCCCUCUUUGCACCGGAGAUCGUUGGCUUACCGCGUUGGUGGGUGGGAGCCGGUGUGGGAGGCAGGUGGUGGGCAUCGAUGGCUUUGGUGAUGUGCAGGGGGGGUGGGAUCGUGGGCGUGGAUGACCGGGGGCACGCACUGACGCGCGUGCAUGGAGAGGGAGCGGGUGGGAACCGCUACACUACAGAAAAAAGUUAAACAAAAAAUACUUAAACGGGAAUAAAAGUUUUUUUUUAAAAAAAUCAAUUAAUGUGUUGGGGUUUGUCUGUGGGGGGGGGGAGCUACACUACAGAAUUUUUUUUUUUUUAAAAAAAACAAACCGUUUUUUUCUUGAAACUGGGUACUGGCAGACAGCUGCCAGUACCCAAGAUGGCCCCCAAUAAUGCAGAGGGGGAGGGUUAGAGAGCUGUUUUGGGGGGGGAUCAGGGAGGUUGGGGACUAAGGGGGGAUUCUACAAAGCAGCUUAUGUAAAUAUGCUGAAAAAAAAAAAAAAUUAAAAAAGACUUAUUUUAGUACUGGCAGACUUUCUGCCAGUACUUAAGAUGGCGGGGACAAUUGUGGGGUGGGGGAGGGAAGGGAGCUGUUUGGGAGGGAUCAGGGGGUGGGAUGUGUCAGGUGGGAGGCUGAUCUCUACACUAAAGCUAAAAUUAACCCUGCAAGCUCCCUACAAACUACCUAAUUAACCCCUUCACUGCUAGCCAUAAUACACGUGUGAUGGGCAGCAGCAUUUAGCAGCCUUCUAAUUACCAAAAAGCAACGCCGAAGUCAUAUAUGUCUGCUAUUUUUGAACAAAGGGGAUCCCAGAGAAGCAUUUAAAACCAUUUGUGCCAUAAUUGCACAAGCUGUUUGUAAAUAAUUUCAGUGAGAAAACUAAAAUUGUGAAAAAUUUAACAUUUUUUUAAAUUUGAUCGCAUAUGGCGGUGAAAUGGUGGCAUGAAAUAUACCAAAAUGGACCUAGAUCAAUACUUGGGGUUGUCUACUACACUAAAGAUAAAAUUAACCAUACAAGCUCCCUAAUUAACCCCUUCACUGCUGGGCAUAAAACACGUGUGGUGCGUAGUAGCAUUUAGCAGCCUUCUAAUUACCAAAAAGCAACGCCAAAGCCAUAUAUGUCUGCUAUUUAUGAACAAAGGGGAUCCCAGAGAAGAAUUUACAACCAUUUAUGCUAUAAUUGCACAAGCCGUUUGUAAAUGAUUUCAGUGAGAAACCUAAAGUUUAUGAAAUAAAUUGUGAAAAAGUGAACAA